AUGGCAGACUAUGGCGGCCCUGAUCAACGCUACCAUGGGUCUAGAACCGCUGGUUACAAUUCUCAACCGGACCACCAAAGAGAUGCCGCCUUCAAUAACAUUUUCGGCGGCAUGCCGCCUCCAGGUCGUUCUCACACAAUGACAACUCAGUCUACAAAUAUGGGAUAUGAUCGUUCCGCCAGUAUGACUUCGGCCAUGCAGCACCCGCAUACCAUGUCAAUGAGGCAGGGCCCGCCGCCACCAAUGCGGCCCAUGCCUGCUAAUUACGAUCGAUCAAACGGAAUUGCCCCUGGUCAACCAUAUAUGAAUGGAGCAAAUGGUAUGAGACCCCCGCCCGGGAAUCAAAUGCCUCCUUUUCCAGACCGACGUCCUUAUCCUCCUCCUCAACGGAUAGACACUCGAACUGGUGGCCCAGUGAAUAUGCCCCCGGGUGCGGGUGCUUAUGACCGAAAGCCCAUCCCAAAUCGAAUGCCUCCUCCAGCUUUGAACAAUGACGCUUAUCGCUCUCGAUCCAUGGUCCGGCCGGGCGAACCCAUGAUGUACAGGCCUCCUCCAAGUAGCUUCCAACCGGGAACUGCCGGUGCGUUUAGACAACAACCCUAUUCAGCAUCCCCGGGACCUCCCUCGAGGACAACCGCUCAAGGCCGACACAUACCUGACAGGGUGGAUGACGGUCGGGCCAUGUCCAUGGGUACUUACUCGUUCGAUCGUGAGCAUCCGCAACAUUUGACAAGUGGGAGAGUGGUGCCUGCGAGACACAGAGAAUCUGAAUCAGAUCCAUUCGCUGAUCAGUUUGCCUCACCCGACAGUUCUGCGUCCUUCUCUUCCACAAACUCUCCCGCAUACACCCCUUCAGCCAGGCCGCGGCGUCCAAGUGAAGGGACUGCCCCCACGCGCGCUGUAUCUGCCGCCUCUCACGCCUCUCACGUUUCCACUGCUUCCGUUUCGUCUGACUUGACGUCCGCCAGCACCCUUGUCAAUGGCUCACGCGCAGACAGCAUGAGAAACAGACCUCCGCCGUCAGCCUCGUCCUCUAGCGGCACAACAACUACUGUUGCUCAGAGAAAAGCCCCUCUGGUUUAUCCCGCUCUCCUCUCACGAGUGGCCAACGUUUUUCAAGAGAGAAUCGGCGUCGGGGACAGGAACAAGAAUGACCUUUCGUACAAGAACGCUUUCACCGGUGCUGAGGCUGUCGACUUGAUUGCCUACAUCAUUAAGACCACUGAUCGAAAUCUCGCGCUUCUCCUUGGUCGCGCCCUUGACGCUCAGAAGUUCUUUCAUGACGUCACGUAUGAACACCGGCUGAGAGACGCUCCGCACGAAGUCUAUCAGUUCAGAGAAACAAUGGGAGAAGAGGCUUCUUCAAAAGAUGUGAAUGGUGUUUUCACUCUUCUCACUGAAUGCUACUCCCCGACUUGUACAAAAGACCACCUUUGUUACUCCAUUGCUUGUCCAAGAAGACUGGAACAGCAAGCGAGACUAAAUCUGAGACCUCAGCCUGGUCUACGGCAUUCUAACUCGCGCGGCAGUCUACACGACACCGAUGAUCAGGAACAGAAGCUAUGGAUCAACAGCGUUCCCAAGGAAGUGGCCGAGAAUAUUGAUGAAAAAGAGAGAAAGAGACAAGAAGUCAUCUCUGAGCUCAUGUACACAGAGCGCGACUUUGUUAAGGAUCUGGAGUAUCUACGCGAUUUCUGGAUCCGACCCUUACGAGGUCUGGGCCAAACAUCGUCCCCCAUCAAAGAGGAGAAGCGAGAAAAGUUUGUUCGCACGGUCUUUGGCAAUGUUUCGGAAGUUCUUGCUGUCAACGGAAAAUUUGCGGAGGAGCUCUCUAAAAGACAGAAAGAGCAACACGUUGUUCACAGCAUCGGUGACGUGUUUCUCAAAUGGACACCCCAGUUUGAUCCUUUUAUCAAAUAUGGCGCCAAUCAAAUGUACGGCAAAUAUGAGUUUGAGAAGGAGAAGAGUGCAAACCCAGUCUUUUUGCGAUUCGUGGACGAAACAGAGAGACUGAAAGAGUCAAGAAAACUAGAAUUGAACGGUUAUCUGACCAAGCCAACCACUCGUCUAGCCCGUUACCCUCUUUUGCUCGACAAUGUCCUCAAGUACACCAAAGAUGACAACUCUGACAAGAAAGACAUACCAAAGGCAAUUGCAAUUAUCAAAGAUUUCCUUGCACGUGUCAACGCCGAAAGUGGCAAGGCUGAAAAUCACUUCAACCUGAUACAACUCAAUCAGCAACUGAAAUGGAAUGCGGGAGAAUAUACAGACCUCAAGCUUACCGAAGAAAAUCGUGUCAUUUUGACAAAGAUGAGUUUCAAGAAGAGCCCUACCGACAAUUCGGAGGUACAAGUGUACCUAUUUGACCAUGCUGUUCUAAUGUGUCGCGUCAAGACUGUCAACAAGAGAGAAGAACUCCGAGUCUAUCGAAAACCUAUUCCGUUGGAAUUACUGGUGAUUGCAGAAAUGGAUCAAGUCAUACCUCGUCUGGGCAUUGCGAAGCGGUCUUCCUCAAGUCUGAUACCCAAGCCCUCUGCCUCAAACACACCUGGGCAGAAGGACGUCUAUCCGGUGACAUUCCGUCAUCUAGGAAAGGGGGCUUAUGAAUUGCAGCUCUAUGCCACCUCGAUCACCCAAAGAAAGAAAUUCAUUGAAUUGGUUGAGCAGCAACAGAGCAAACUGAGAGAACGCAGCAGCAACUUCUACACCAAAACCAUUCUCUGUGAGAACUUUUUCAAUGCUCAAAAUCGGGUGAACUGUCUUGUUCCUACGGAUGGUGGCAGGAAACUCGUUUACGGCACCGACAGCGGGAUAUACAUUGCUGAUCGUUGGCCGAAAGAUAAGACUGUCAAGCCCAAGCGAAUUCUCGAUGCUGCACAGGUAUCUCAAAUUGAUACCCUGGAGGAGUAUAGACUUCUGUUGGUACUAUCGAACAAAACCCUUACGUCAUAUCCUUUCGACGCCCUGGAUCCGAACAAUCAGAAUCCUUUGGCCACUCGUCCCCGUAAGAUUCAAGGUCAUGCCAAUUUCUUCAAGGCCGGAAUUGGAUUAGGUAGACAUUUGGUUUGUUCGGUCAAAACCUCUGCUCUGUCUACAACUAUCAAGGUGUACGAGCCCAUGGACGAUCUUACUAAGGGUAAGAAGAAACCAGCAAUCAGUAAGAUGUUUGCUAGUGGACAGGAUGCGCUCAAGCCAUUCAAGGAAUUCUACAUUCCAGCAGAGUCCACCUCGGUUCAUUAUCUCAGAUCGACUUUAUGUGUGGGAUGUGCUCGAGGCUUUGAAGUUGUCUCCCUCGAAACGACCGAACGACAGUCUUUACUCGACCAGGCCGAUACCUCGCUUGAUUUCGUUACACGACGAGAAAACGUCAAACCAAUCCAUAUCGAGCGCCUUAACGGUGAAUUCCUUCUCAACUAUUCCGACUUUAGCUUCUUCGUCAAUCGUAAUGGAUGGCGUGCAAGACAAGACUGGAAAAUCACCUGGGAGGGAACACCACAAGCGUUUGCGUUGAACUAUCCAUAUAUUCUUGCGUUCGAGCCCAGCUUCAUUGAGAUUCGACACAUUGAGACGAGUGAGCUGAUUCAUGUCAUGACAGGCAAGAACAUUCUUUAUGCGUAUGAAGAGGACAAUGGAGAAGACGUGAUUGCUAGUCUUGAUUUUUGGCAACUGGCCCCUCCAUGA